UUUGUGUUCUGUCCAUUCCCAGCAAAAGUUCGGCUGCAUAGCCCUUCAGUUCCUCCUCCACGCGGUUGCUCAGGGCCAUGUUGACGAUGUUUGAGAUCACUCUCGGAAACUGGCCUCCAGUGGCGCGGCUCUUGCAGGAGAAGGUAAGCCCGUACUUUGUGAUCUUCAGCAUUGGGCACAAGAUCAUUUUUGGUUUUGCUUGCUUGGCCGUCAUCAACGGUGUAUUCAUGCAAGAGACCUUCAAGGUUGCCCAGCAAGACGACCAGAUCAUGCUCAGGACCGUGGAGACCAAACGACAAGCACACAGGAGAAAGAUGCAGAUGUUCUUCCAACAUGCAAAUGACGAUGAUGAUAACAUCCUGUCGAUCGAGGAAUGGAAGGAAGUCAUCAACGAGGAGAAGGUCAAGCAUUGGUUUGCGGCACAAGGGCUCAGCAUCUCCGACCCUGAACUGCUUUGGAAGAUCUUGGACACUUCUGGAGAUCGCCAAUUGGAUCUAGAGGAGCUCAUCCAAGGAACCGCGCGCUUGCAAGGCUUUGCAAAAAGCUUGGACUUGGCAGUUCUGACUUUGGAGCAACGCAGUCUUCAGACACAGGCGAAGGAGAUCCGCCAGUCUGUGGAGAUGAUCAGGCAGCAAGUGGGUAUGCUGUUAAGGACAAGUAUCGACGCCAGCAGCACGCCUGGGGUGAGGUGUUGAGUGAGUCAUCACAUAAAAGCCCGGAGGUUGGACAAAAUACCAAAAGCACCAAAAGCGCCUUUCCAGGUGCCCAAUUUGGGGACAAAAACCUCGAGG